AUGUCAAAGAUGAAUACUACUGUGACUAAGGAAUUUCUUCUUCUGGGAUUUCAAAUCUAUUACUACUUUAAAGCUCCUCUCUUCAUCCUCUUUCUAACGGUGUACAUCAUUACCAUAAUUGGGAAUCUUCUCAUCAUAGUACUGGUAUGGACCUACAAUAACCUCAAUUGUCCUAUGUACAUUUUCAUGUCUAACCUCUCUUUCUCUGAUAUGAUGUUUACUACAAAUGUUGUCCCAAAUAUGCUGUCCACCCUAGUAACAGAUAAGCACAGCAUCUCUGUAGAUGGGUGUAUUGCUCAGUUUUACUUCUAUGGUACUCUGGGAAGUACUGAAUGUUUCCUUCUUACAGUGAUGUCCUACGACCGAUAUUUAGCCAUAUGCUACCCUUUGAAUUACCUUUGUAUUAUGGACACAAAACUCCAAAAAUAUCUUCUGGUUGCAUGUUGGGUGGCCAGUUUUACAGUAACACUGUUUCCAGUUGUACUUAUGUAUCAGUUACAUUUCUGUGGACCCAAUGUAAUUGAUCAUUUUUUCUGUGAUCUUGCCCCUAUUUUGGCACUUUCUUGUUCAGAUACUUCUGCUAUAAAAGCAGAAACCAUGGUAUCAUCAAUCUUUGUAGUCCUUCUGCCAUUCUUGUUCAUUAUUUCUUCAUAUACUCGUAUUAUCCUUUCCAUCCUCCAAAUUCCUUCCACCCAAGGCAGACAGAAGACAUUCUCCACCUGUAGCGCUCACCUACUGGUCGUGUGUACCUAUUUCUUGACCAUUAUUACUGUUUAUAGUAAUCAAAAAGAAUAUUCAUCAACCAUCAACAAAAUAAGAUCCUUGCUGUACGUUGUAUUAACUCCAAUGUUCAACCCAAUGAUCUAUGCUCUUAGGAAUAAAGAGAUACAAUCCACUUUUCACAAACUUUUGAUACACGUUAAGAUGAAAAUACUAUAG